AUGUCGUCCAAGGUGCAAGAAAAUGGCAGUGCCACCAGCAACCCAAGUACCGCUUCAAGCAACACCAACGCGGAAGCACCCAACACCAGCUCGAUGGCCGGGUUGCCUCAUCUCGAGUCCCUCGAUCGGAUGUUGAAGUUGCCGGUGGUGGAUGUGACCUGGCAGCAGACGCAAAACGUGUACGGGCGCGUUAAAUACAGCAACCCACUGCUGACGUGGGCUCUCGGUACAGCAGAGGAUGUCGUGUGUCGAGCUGUCACCAUCUCAGCACCACUCGUCCAGAAGCUUGACCGGCCACUCCAGCUGGUGGACCAGACGUUGGUUAAGGGCAUCGACAAGCUGGAGGUGAACGCCCCCAUCAUCAGGGAACAACCGGCCGAGAUCUACCAGCAGGCACGUACGAAGGUGAUGGAGACGGUCAAGCCACACAUCGAGAAGGUGUGUGAAUUGCGGUCGGCAUCACAACAACGUGCUGCCUCGCUGAAGGAUCUCUCCUGGCGUAAGGCGAACGAGGUGUUGGCAACACAGUACGGCACCCUGGCGGUCAACAGCGUCGACACAACGGCACAGCUGGCCGAACGUCUGCUCGACUACUACUUCCCGAAGUCGGAGAGUGACACCGAUGACGAUAAUGUACCCAUCUCCGCCAAGGAUGAUCCCGUGCUGCACACGGUGCAAACCGUUGGCCGGCUCUCGAACAAGCUCGCCCACCGGAUCUACCGUACCGUCUCGACACAGGUGAAGUCCCUGCGAAAGGAGGACGUUCGCGAUUACGUCGCCACGCUCAUCGCCGUGCUGCACCUGACCCAGUACCUCAACUUCAUCAACGAGAAGCGGCAGGCGGUCGAGAGUGGCCACAAGGCCACAGUCGGGAAGCCAGGAACAAAUCGCGGUCAUAAGACAUAA